AUGAUGCCUGUUGGAGGUGGACCAAUACCAAGUUUCGUAUUCGACGUGAUGAACCCGUACCAUCCCUAUGCGGCUGGCCUAGACGGUGCUCGACGCAAAAAUGCGACCCGUGAGACGACGGCACCGUUGAAAGCGUGGCUGACCGAUCAUCGAAAAAAUCCCUAUCCGACCAAGGGCGAAAAGGUCAUGCUUGCUGUGAUGACGAAAAUGACACUUACACAGGUACGGUAA